CCCCCCUACAGGUGGAUGAAUGAAGACCCCAUUCAAGAGCCCAGCGCACCACGGCCCCCCCGAGCAGACGGAGGACACUCAGGUGUGUCUGCCAACAUGAUGAAGAAGAAGAAUCCACACAAGAAACAGAGGACCAGCGUGGGUCCCAGUAAGACUCUGGCUCAGCCCCGGAGGAACAUCGUGGGCUGCAGGAUCCAGCACAUCUGGAAGGAGGGCAGCAAGUCGUCCCAGUGGAAGGGGACUGUCCUGGACCAGGUCCCGGUGAACCCGUCCCUCUACCUGAUCAAGUACGACGGCUUCGACUGCAUCUAUGGCCUGGAGCUGUACGGGGACGAGCGGGUGGUGGGGCUGGAGGUGCUGCCCGACAGAGUGGCUCCGGCCCGUGUGAGCGACUCCAUGCUGGCGGAGACGAUGAUCGGGAAGGCGGUGGAGCAUAUGUUUGAGACGGAGGACGGGCCGAAGGAGGAGUGGCGGGGGAUGGUGCUGGCCCGCGCCCCCAUCAUGACCUCGUGGUUCUACAUCACCUACGAAAAAGACCCGGUGCUCUACAUGUACCAGCUGCUGGACGACUACAAGGAGGGAGACCUGCGCAUCAUGCCCGACUCCAACGACAGCGUGGCGGCGGAGCGGGAGCCGGGCGAGGUGGUGGACAGUCUGGUGGGUAAACAGGUCGAGUACGCCAAAGAGGACGGCGGGAAGCGGUCGGGGAUGGUGAUCCACCAGGUGGAGGCCAAGCCAUCCGUCUACUUCAUCAAGUUCGACGACGACUUCCACAUCUACGUCUACGACCUGGUCAAGACCUCCUAAGACCAGACGAACUCGGUCCGGGACCCCCAUAAAGACUUACUGAGACCUGCCCAGAGAAAACAACACCAGAACCCCCAGUGAAGACAAACUCUACGUUAAAAACCACCACAGAGACGCCGCAUACAGAUGGUCCCUUUCUUUACUCUUUGUUUUAUGAAACGCCUUAAACACAAGAGAGAUACUGGUAGCCCGCCUCCUCACACAGCAGAACUAUAUAACCAGCUCCGAGUCUUCACGUCCAGUCAUCAUCAACCCUCAUUAGUGUCCAGAUCAAAGCUGCUCCCAGCUCCAGAAGAAGAUCUAACUAAACCUACGGAAGCCCAGAGGGACGACUCAGAGUCUCCUCUCAGACUGGAGAACAGGAGAAAACAAGGUUUUUGUUAGGAUCAUCUUCUGAGUUUUUUUCAUCAGAACUCGGGUGUUUGUUGUUGUAUUUCUCGUCUCAGCCACUAGAGGCUGAAGUGCACCAUGUUUUUCUUAUAGGUGAGUUUUAAUUUACAAUAUUUAUUUCGAGCCAAGAGAAAGACAUGGCAGUAAAACCUGAGUACUGGGGUCCUGUUCACAGCAUGGAGCAGCACCUUCAGCCUCUAGUGGCCAAACUGAGAAAUACAACAACAAACACUUGGUCUGUUUUCUCCCAGCCGCCCAAACUUUUAUUUUUUUUAGCUGUUUUUAGCUCACAGAUGGAAAAAAACAAUUUAUAUAAUCUCCAUGUCUGUGAUGCAUUAUAAACAUACUAAUAAUUUGUUAUAAUCUGCUUAAAGCACAUUAUAAAGAUAGUAAUAAGCACUCAUAAAUAUUCAUAAUGAUAAAUAACGGUGAGAGAUAAAGUGUUAUGAAACCUUAUAAGUCAUCAUAAAAAGCUUUAUGAUGUGUGUGAUUGCUGUUAUUGAGCAUUAUGGAUAUUUAUGAGUGCAUAUUUCCUUUAUUAUACAGGGCUAUAAGCUGAUAAUUUAAAAAAAUAUCCUGACAGAAUCUUUUCCUUCCUGAAGUCAGAAAACAAACAGUUCAGAUCACAAUUAGAAAAAAUAGUAGAAAGAAAUAUUUUUUUUUAUCCUUCAUGGCUUUCUGGAGCCCUUUAUUGUUACAUUAUAUUUUAGAUCAUUUGUGGCAAUCAUAGACAAAAACUUGGUUAAAAUUGCACCAAAAAAUAAAUCCGGUUCAGUUUGAAGGGUUCUUCAGCUGAGAUCAGUGAGACGAAACCCAAACAUCACAGCAGGUCUGAGACUAUUUCAGUAAGCAGGAUGACCUGCUCCCCCUUCUCCUGAAACCCCGUCAGACCACCUGAGACCCCCACCGCCACAACAGGGGGGGCGGGGUUAAUGAAGGGACGGGACUUCAGGAAACCUGUCGGGAAGUGAAGCUGCUCCAUCGUCUGUCUCCGUCUGUAUUUAAAGGCGGCGUGAAGGGACUCCUCUGCCAUCAGCGCUCACAUAGGAGGAGCUAGCCAAUCACAGAGCGUUCCACUGGCCCCGCCUCCUCCAGGUAACCAGCUGACGGACUAAAGAUGCUGAGUGGACGUCUCAAGGACAGUGUGGACAAACCAGAGGACACAGACUCAUUUCUUUUUCCAUUCUUUUAGCAUGUUUUCUUUUUGUGCUGAUUCCUACAUUACCCACAAUCCCUUUAGGAUUCACAUCAGACAGUCAGGUGUGUCGGCUCGGCUGCAUCAGUUUGUUUUAGCAUCGUUAGCUGUAACUUCAGGUCGAACACACUAAACAGUAUUUUGGGAAAUGCUUUUGUUUGUCAGAUGAGUUCUUAUUACUGUAUGUUCAGGAUGUUUUGGCUACAAAUAUGUAAUAAAUGCUUUAUAACACACUGUCACGUAGUUAUAAACAUAAGUGUUUAUUAAUGUGCAGUAUUUGUCAACAACUCUUCUAAGAAAACAAGAAAUCUACAGGAGAAAUUAUCGUUUACAUGUCAGUAAAUGCUUAUAGCUGUUAUUAACCAUUUAUUACAUGUUGACAUACAGCUUGUAAUUGCUAAAUAAGGUUAAAAAUGAUCUGUCCAAAGCCUGGAUAUGUUCAACCCUCCUAUUAUACAUUUAUUACACAAUGAAACAUGUAAUAAAUGGUUUAUAACCAACUAUAAUGUAUAAUAAGUACUAAUGUUGAGUAUUUGUCAACAAUUAUAAUUUUAAUAUUAAAAAUAUCCCCUUUUAACUAAUGUGUUAAUAAUCAAAUCAAAAUUACUUUAUUUAUCCCAGAGGGGAAAUUCAGUUAGUCUGGUAGAAUCUCUUGAAGAAUGAGACAGCCUGAUGGCUGUAGGAGCGAAGGAUCUUUAAAAACUUAGCAAAUUUGUGCAAAAACAGAGAGCUACCAAACUUUUGCUGCUCCUCCAUGAAGCGCAUUCGGCACAGUGUGUUACAAACCAUUUAUUACAUAUUUAUAUAGUCCUCAUUAAUGCAGAAUAAAAGGUAAAACAAAAGUUACUGGAUUAUCUUGGAGCAAAGACAGUUCAGGAUACAACUUUAACCCUCAUUUAACAUUUACAAUCAAUACAUAAACAUGUAAUAAAUGGGUUAUAACACUUUAAUUUCGUUGUUAAUGUAAAUUUGUAUAUUAUUUUUCAAUAUUAUAACAAGAAGACAACAAUAAUUUGUCCUGUAGAAUUCUCAACUAAUACUUAAAUUUGUCGCCAAUUACUUAAUUAAAAGUGGGUUAUAAACCAUUUAUUACAUGUUCAUAACUGUUUAUUAAUGCUGAAUAAAAGGGUUUGUUUGUCUUGGAUCAAAGACUGAAAGCAUUUCCCAGAACAUUUGGAUGAUCUUUAAAGAACUAAUCUGAUGCAGUGUUGAUGAUUUGAAUCAGCCCUGAGGUUAAUAAAUCAUCAUAAGGUGACUGACAGGUGACUGAGCUUGUGAGGUGAUACUGUAGCAGUCGUCAUGCCCCGCCCCGUCUGAGAUGCUGUCGUCUGAUUGGCUGGACUGAAGCCAGAUGUUGUUUUGUUCCAGAAGUUGAUUUCUAUGUUUUUAUAAAACCUGUUCUGUCUUCUGCCUCAUAUGUCAACAUAUGUGGUUUUAUAUAUUUUCUCUUUGUUUUUAUGAGCCGUACGUACAAAGCGCCUUGUUUUCAUGUUCUCUGUGUUCUGGAAGCAGGUCUGACCUGCUGUGUUUUAUGUUUGAGCUGUUUGCUGACUGAUAGAUCUCUCCUUUCCUUCGUGGAGUCUGGAUCUUUAAAAUCAUCAGCAGCUCCCUGAGCAUCACUCAACUUUUUAAAGUUAGGACUCGGUCAGGGCUGCUGGACUCCAUCUCCCACAAUCCUCAUCUCUAACCUGUAGCUCCACCCACCACAGACAUUUGCAUUAACAGCCAUGUUGCCUGAUCCACGUCUCAUGUGCCUGAAGGGACUCACACAUCUGCAAACUGGACUUAAAUGUUCUUGGUUCUGGAUCCAAACUGUUUCAGAUAAUCUGGAACAUUUGUGAAGAUCUUUUGUUCUGAUUCUGGAAUGUGAACCUCUGUAACUGUUGUACAAUCUGUUGUUUAAACGUUUUCCAUCAACCUACA